CUGUCGCCGGCGCAGCGGCGAGCCUGCAUCCUUCUCCGUCACCACCGGAGAAGAAGAUUCCAGUGAUGGGAUUCGCGGUCCCAGGCGGAGGUGACGGCGCGGACCCAGGUGCUCCGUCCGCGUCGACCCCGCCUGCGACGAGAAGCUCAGCGCGAAAUCGGACGAGGCGAGACGGCGUAGGCGGUGGUGGUGUCUCGCUGAGGAGAAAUACCGUGGUUCGUUGUCGAUUCUGGGAGGGGAUGAGGACGAGGAAGAAGAAGAAGAAGAAGAAGAAGGUUAUUUGGGUCUUUGCGCGUGGCCUGGGAGUAGGUGUUGUCAUACAAUGAAGACAUCUUUCACAAGUUGCAACGAGUGCGUCGUGUACCACAAUUGGCACCGCAUGGGUGAUUGGAAAAAGUGUUUCGUCAAGAUUGUGGGUGAAUUCGUGGAUGUACCAAUAAACUUAGCAAAUUAUAUCAGAGGGCAGAUACCUGACAAAGUGAAGCUAGAAGUACCUGACGGUAAAACAUACAACGUUCAGGUUUCUAAGGAAGAGAAUGGCCUUGUCUUUCAAUCUGGGUGGGCAGAAUUUGCCAGAACUUAUGAACUUGUACAAGGUACCAUCUUAUUGUUUGAAUCCAGCGGAAGCUCCUGCUUUGAAGUUCGAAUGUUCAAUCAAACUGGCUGUGAGAAAGAGUUAUCCUGUGUUCCAAUGAACAACACUCCUUGUGUCAAUAAAAUGCGUUUCUUCAUGGUUAUGAUGGGUAUCGGUGCUUCAAAUAAUGGACUGACCAUACCAGAAAAGUUUGCAAACUAUGUCAGAGGACACAUAUCUGAAGAAAUAAAGCUAGAAGUGCCAGAUGGCCAAACAUAUAGUGUUCAGGUUGACAAUGAACAGAAUGAGCUAGUCCUUCUCUCUGGAUGGGAUACAUUUGUCAGUGCCUAUGAACUUAAAGAGGGUGACACAUUGUUGUUCGGGUAUAAUGGGAACUCCCAGUUCAAAGUCCGAAUCUUCAAUGUAAAUGGUUUUGAUAAAUUGUUAUCGUGUGUCGUUAAGAACAUCACUCCUUGUGUCCAAAAAAGGAGCGCGUAUCAUGAUAAUCCUUUGCAAUCACCUAGAGAAAGGACUGGACCAAAUGAUCACAGGAACAAGGCAUGCACAAUAUGCAUAGAAUGUGUUGGACGCCAUUAUUGGCACAUGGAGGAUCAUAACUGGUCUUUCUUCAAGGUUGUGAUUCUGAGUAAUUUUAAGGAUGAGAUGACCAUACCACCAAAGUUCGCCACUAAUUUCAGAGGUCGCAUAUCUGAUGAAGUCAAACUAGAAGUCCCGGAUGGUAAAAUUUAUAAUGUUCAGGUUGCCGAGGAACAACAUAAGUUAGUUCUUCGAUCAGGGUGGGCGAACUUUGCCGGUGCUUAUGAACUUAAAGAGGGUGACCUCCUAGUCUUUACAUACAGUGGGGACUCUCACUUCAAAGUAAAAAUCUUUAAACCAAGUGGCUGCGAGAACGAGUUUUCAUGUGUUACCAUGAGCUGUGGUUCUAAUGUCCAAGAGAGGGACAUUUGUCAUGAUCAAUCACUACCCACCAAAAAGAGAUGCCGAAACGAUGGUUUGACUGACAGUUGGAAAACUACAAAGAAGACUCCAACAGACUCACCUUCGCAGAAACCAAGUUCAGAAUUGAACACUGAAGAUGUCACAUCUUCAAAAGAUAUUCAGGAACCCAGAGGUUCAGGUGUCCUUCAGGGAUCUUCAGAAUCACGUUACAUUUUAGAAAUGAGCUGUAAACUCACUAGUGCCCAGAGGGCAAGAGUCGACACAUUUGUCAAGGAAAGCCAGACUGGAAUUGAAUUUUAUGUCACAGCAAUGAACGAGAAAACUCUGUCUGAUGGAUAUCUGGUCAUCUGCAAGGACUAUGCUGUCAAACACCUUCCGCAUCAAGACCAGAUGAUCAAACUCUGUCAUCCUCAGAACAGCAAAACAUGGGAUGCCAAUUUGGCGGUUAUCAGUGAUGGCGCAUGCACCCUUUCAUGCAUCCUUACUGCUGGUUGGCUGGGCUUCGUACGCGACAACAACUUGCGGGAAGGCGAUAUCUGCGCAUUCGAAGUGUCAAAGAACGACAGUAGAGUGAUGAUAACAGUCCAUCCACUUAAAGAAAGCGGUCACCCAGAGUAUGUCAUAACAGGACACACCAAACCAGCUAGCCAGCAGAAGAAGAAAUGGACUCACCCAGGAUAUGUGGUUGCAAGAAGCAUCAAACUGACUCGCAAGCAGAAGAGAAAAAUUGAAGAGAGAAUCCAGGCCAUUCGGCCUGAAAUCAAAAUAUUUGUGUCAGUCUUGCAGAGAAGCAGCUACAGCCUGUACAUUGAACAGGGAUACGCUGACUGUCAUCUUCCACGCGAGGACCAGAUAAUGAGGCUUCGACUGCCCGGGAAGAACGACACUUGGAAAGCUAAGCUCUAUGUAGGUGACAAAGUCAAUGGAAAAUUUAAUGCACUGCGCAGAGGCUGGAAGAAGUUGGUAAAAGACAAUAAGCUGCAAGAAGGGGACAUGUGCCUGUUUGAGCUGCUGAAGAACGAGGAGGAGCUCACCAUGAAUGUCCACAUAAUUAAAGCGUAGCUGGCUGGUGUCGCCCGUCAUGGCGUCGACGCCACUCUUUUGGUGAUCCGUAAUCUAGUACCUUUUCUGUCAGAAACCCACAAGCUUUUGGUUCCCCCAUCUCUCAUUCUUGCAAGAAACCCUGUCGAUGUCGACGCGACAGGUUUCAGUUUGGUUUCAGCUCCUGCGAGCAUGUCUAUGUUUUGUUUUGAAACUAUUGGUCAGUUAAGACUGGUUUGAUGUUUCUGUUGGCUUGUAAAUUGGCUAAAACAUGGUGGGAAUUGUUGCAUCAGCCUUACAGCCA